UCCUGCACGCCUCGCGGCCCUGCCUCGGCGAGCCUCCCCCCACCACCCCAAAACUCACAACUUUUCUCCUCUUUCCUCUCCGCCUCCCCACCCCCCCACCCCCGCCCUCCUCCCCUCCUGCGAAACUCCAGCAACAAAGAAAAGUCAGCGGCGGCGGAACCGAGACGCCCCGUCCGCUCGGCCGCCGCUCGUCGCCGGCCGAGGACGAAUACAGCCAUGGCCACCCAGGUGAUGGGACAGUCUCCUGGAGGAGGAGGGCUGUUCACCAACAGUGGCAACAUGGGCAUGGCCUUGCCCAACGACAUGUAUGACUUACAGGAGCUCUCCAAGGCGGAACUGGCCGCCCCCCAGCUUAUCAUGCUGGCCAACGUGGCCCUGACGGGGGAAGUGAAUGGCGGCUGCUGUGAUUACCUGGUGGGGGAAGACAGACAGAUGGCAGAGCUGCUGCCUGUUGGGGACCACUUCUCCGACAGUGAUGGAGAAGGACUUGAGGAGGCUUCGGAAGCAAAGGGUGAAUCCAGCGCACUGCAGAGCAUGGAGCUGCGGAGCCUGGAGCUCGGUGCCACGGAGCCACAGCAGCCAGUGUUUGAGGCCGCCGCCACGCCAGCGGUUUAUGGCUCCAAUAAAGACGUUCCAGCCGAAGCCCCGGGAGCGGAGGACAAAGGCAAGAGCUUGAAGACCAAGCCCUUCCGCUGUAAGCCGUGCCAGUACGAAGCCGAGUCGGAGGAGCAGUUUGUGCACCACAUCCGCGUCCACAGUGCCAAGAAGUUUUUUGUGGAAGAAAGCGCGGAGAAGCAAGCCAAAGCCAGGGAGGCUGGCUCUGCCCCCGCCGAAGACGGGGAUCUCUCCAAGGGCCCCAUCCGCUGCGAGCGCUGCGGCUACAACACCAACCGCUACGACCACUACACGGCGCACCUGAAGCACCACACCCGGGCCGGCGCCAACGAGCGCGUAUACAAGUGCAUCAUCUGCACGUACACCACGGUGAGCGAGUACCACUGGAGGAAGCACCUGAGGAACCACUUCCCCAGGAAGGUGUACACGUGCGGGAAGUGCAACUACUUCUCAGACAGAAAGAAUAAUUACGUUCAGCAUGUUCGAACCCAUACAGGAGAACGCCCAUAUAAAUGUGAACUUUGUCCCUACUCGAGCUCUCAGAAGACUCAUCUAACUCGACAUAUGCGAACUCAUUCAGGUGAGAAGCCAUUUAAAUGUGAUCAGUGCAGCUACGUGGCCUCUAAUCAGCACGAAGUGACUCGCCAUGCGCGGCAGGUUCACAAUGGGCCCAAGCCCCUGAACUGCCCACACUGCGACUACAAAACAGCCGACAGGAGCAAUUUCAAGAAACAUGUGGAGCUGCACGUUAACCCACGGCAGUUCAACUGCCCUGUGUGUGACUAUGCAGCUUCCAAGAAGUGCAACCUGCAGUACCAUUUCAAGUCAAAGCAUCCCACUUGUCCAAAUAAAACUAUGGAUGUCUCAAAGGUGAAACUAAAGAAAACCAAAAAGCGAGAGGCUGACCUGCCAGAUGCCAGUACUACCAAUGAGAAAGCCGAAACAGAGCCGACCAAGACAAAGGGAGAUACGGCCGGGAAGAAAAAUGAGAAGUCUGUGAAAGUGGAGAAAAAAGAUAGUGCUUCAAAAGAGAAGCCUUGUGGCAGCGUCUCAGCGAUGCAGGUGAGCACCAGAACUCGCAAGCUGGCGGCCGAGGUGAGAGAGGCAGAUGCACACACGGGCAGCAGUCCCGAAAAGCCUGGCAAGACCAAGAAAAGCAAGCGCAAGGUGGGCGCCGGAUCUGAUUCCCCGCAGGAGGCGCCCAACGAGGAGGAGCCCCCAGCGAAAAAGAAAAAGAAGGCGGAAGGCAAGUGCAGAACUAGUCAGGAAGCCCCAAAGGUUGACAGCAAAGCCGAGGAGGGUGAGAAGCAGGCUCCCAGCGUGAAGAAAAGUACGAGUACGAAGAAGAAAACUCUGAAAAACAAACCAAGUAAGAGAAGCAGCAAGCUUGCUGCAAGGAAGCCAGCUCCGGAGGAACCUGCCCCGGAGGAGCCGGCCACCAAGGCCUCUCCUCCCACAGGGCCUACUCCCGGGGCUGCUGCAGGGGUCGGGCUGCUUCCUCCCGUGGGGCUGCCGCCUGCCGUGGGGUCUGUGCCGGUGGAGCCCCCGCCUCCCACAGAACAUCCGCUUCCCAUGGACCCACUUCCCAGAAAGUCCCCUCUUCGCAGAGAGAGCAGGAAGGAGAAGUACGACCCGCAGGAUGAGAUGACACGGAAGGAGCAGGUCCUCAUUGAGGUUGGCUUAGUGCCUGUCAAAGACAGCCAGCCGCCCAAGGCAGGUGCAGCCCCCCAGGAGCCUGCCCUGCCAUCACCACCGCUGCCCAAGGAAGACUCCCUGGCAGGGGAGGCACCAGACCCAAGGGCAGGCUCGGAAGGUGAAGGAAGCCCAGAGAUGCCUGUCGAAAACGAAGCAGCUGCAGAGACAGGGCCGCAUGGAGCUCAUGUGGCUGCUGGUGCUAGCAGCGCUGCCAGCUGUCCAUCCUCGGAACAAAGCCCAGGCACAGUGGAUGAUCAUACGACGCCGGGCCAGCAGCAGGCAGACACAGCGCCUCGGGAGACGGAGAUGCUCACAGAUGAGAACAUGGCCGAAGGUCCCUGUGCUGCUCAGGACCCACCCGUGGAAGGACCAUCCUCGCUGCUACUGCCCACUGCACAGGCAGAACAGGAAGCCGCCUCCAGCAGCGCCCCGGCCUCGCCUCCCGCCACCCUGGCAGGAAAUGAGUCUCCGGAAAUCGAGGAAGAUGAAGGCAUCCACAGUCACGAUGGUAGCGACCUAAGUGACAACAUGUCGGAGGGCAGUGACGACUCUGGGCUGCACGGCGCGCGGCCGGCUCCUCGGGAGACCCGGAGCAAAGAUGCCCAGGAAGCCCUGGGGGCCAAAGCGGCCGAGGGAGACUUUGUUUGUAUCUUCUGUGACCGUUCAUUUAGAAAGGAAAAAGAUUAUAGUAAACACCUCAAUCGCCACUUGGUGAACGUGUACUUCCUUGAAAAAGCAGCUAAAGGACAGGAGUAACAAAACUGGACACAAGUCUCAGUUCUUAGUAUGUAAGAAUGGUUGCAUUUUGUUUAUAGGGUAGACACCUUUUUAAGAUUGCUGUAGUCAACGUCCAGUGUCGGUUUCUCAGCGACUUUCUUUUCCUUGGGGCUCUGUGUGCGCCUGUUGAUGGUUGUGUAAGUUUUAGCACAUGCAAAGGCAUGCUAAGCCAACAGGACGCCUGGGCGUGACAUGCAAGGCCACAGCGCGACGGCAGCCGUGCCCUUGCUUGGUCCAGCUGGAGUUUUCUCUCUGUGUCUUUCUUCCUGUUUCCCUUUAUGUUGUAGUUCCUUGUUUAGGUUUAUAGAGAUUGGCUUACUUAAUAGCAGAUUACUUGAAGAAUUUUGCCUGCUUUAUAAAAUUAGCACUUUAAGGUUUUUCUUUAUAGAGAUAAGGAGAAGACAUUUGAAUUGAAGAAAAAGUCUCCCGAGCAGUGGACAAUAUAUUAGUCCAGGUGUUUUACUUCUUGAAUUUUGAUCAAUAUUUCCUGUGUAUGUUCAUUGUUAAAGGCAGUAAUUUUGGGUGGUUUUUUUAAAUUUUUUUUUCUGGUGCUUUAAUGGCUUCAGAUGUUGCACAGUUUUUGUGGUUUUUUUUUAACCUAUGCAUUUAAAUCCUUGUAGAGAUAACAUUUGUGUUGGACAGUAACACUUUAUGCAUAUAUAUGCAUGUCUAUUUUGGUCUCUUUGGAGGGAUGCUUUUAGGACCUGUUUGCAAAAGAGGUUUUCUUUUGUUUCCUUUGCUAUGAUUGUCUUUUGGCAAGAUGUGUGUGCAAGUUGGUAAGCAAAUGAAAUGUGCUGAUUCAAUCCAUUGAUUUUUUUUUUUUCCAAUUUUCUCAUCUUGUAUCUUGCUAGAAUCUGUUUCUUCGAGAUUAUUUAUUUUGAAUGGCUAUAGUAAAUUCACAUCUCAGUUUCGAUUUUGCCAUAAAUGCAACACUAGGUUUCAUAGUGAACAAAUUUCUAUCUCCAAUAUCAGCCAUUAAUUCUUUGCCCAUUUUUGGUACAGCUGCUUCCUAAUUUGAACUCUACCUUUGAGAAGAAUGCUUUCUCAUAGGUGGUUGCUGUCUGUGUGGCUGCUUGACUGAAUAAGAACAGCAAAACGAUACUUGGAAAUUGCAAACCUGGAAUUGGGAGAGAACAACUCCUUCAGACUCUGCAGACUGUCUCUUGAGAGAGUCUGAGGCCAACAAGAGUGCAGGUGGCAUGGGUGCUGGCCAACCAAGCUCAGCUUCCCACAGACAGUAAGAAGGCUGCUGUAACUUGAGUACAGUCUACAGGUUAAACAAAAAAAUCACACUUUCUCAGGGAUCUCCACAGCCCUGGUGGGCGUCCUGUCCCUGUGCCACCUGCUGGCCCCAGGAGAGGCCCCAGGUGAGCUGCAGCACUGCCUGCUCAUGGCAUUUCAUCCGGUCUCUGGGCAGGCUCGGGGCUUGGUCAGUACACGUGAACCAUUAGGACAAGCAUCAGUGGGUGAGUGGGACACUUGUCAAGAUCAGACAGAAGAGUUGGAGUUAGAAGUUACCUGAACUUGGAAUCGAUUGGGAGGCCAAAGAUUUAAAGAAACAGAAGAUUCUUUGAAGACACAAGAAUACGUUGUGUGAUACAUGGUGUGUGUUUUGCGUGCACGAGUGGGGAUUUGUAGAUGUUGAAAUCUAGGCUCCGACAAUCACUGUCAGCGGAAGAUCAAGCUGCAGAUAUUUAUAUAUGUUUUAAAAUUUAAGUUAUAAAACUAGUUAAAUCUAACAGCUGGUUUAAUGCUCAAGGGUGCGUUGUACUUCAGUUGUCUUUUAUAGAAAAGGAUUUUAAGCACAAAGUGGAGAUCGGGCAACCGUUUGAAGAUGAUCUUGUGGAUUCUUUCAUACUGCAGGUGAAAAAUUUGCCUUCUGGGGAUUCCGACUGGUUUCUAAUCUAGUCUUUAAGACUAGAAUGCUCAGAACAAAAAGAGAGAAAUCCUGUAUUAAAUGUUGACCAUCCCCGUUCCUGGACACUGAUGGACUAGGCCUGUCUUGCAGGAAGCAGUGACGUGCCAGGGGUCCGGCAGGUUAGCGCUGUGCUUCUGUACCUGCUACGAACAAUGUUUCAGGAAAAAGGAAACCAGCAGUGAUGAACUUCCGUGGUCGGGUUGGAAGUUCUUUUUUGGAAAAUGUGAUAGUGGAAAUGUCUCCUAGUCCCUCUCCCCUUCAUAGAUUAAAGUAGAACUUUCCCUUCUGAUAAAGGAACAACAAUUUAAAAAAAAAUUGUAAAUUGAUGUCGAGUUAGCUAGUGAUAAACUUGAAUUAGUAGAAUGUUUUAAUUUUAGAUGGCCAUAUUAAAAUGUAUCUUUUACUCUUCAUCUUCACAUUGGUUUCUCAAUGUAUUUUAAGUUAUAUAUUUUUUUCUUUACAGAGCUGCUUAUUUGGGGCUACUUUUUUAUUAUUAUUAUUAAGAUGUAAUUCGCGGGGACUUGUGUUGUAUUGUUUUGGUAAGGCUUCUUUGAAUUGUGGCUCUGUGUUUCUUAUAGUCUUCCAAGAAGGGCCAUUUUAUUUUUUAGAAUCACUUCUGAAGUCCCGUGGUCAUUAAGUUUGGGGACUGCUUUGUAUGAGUGUUGAUACAAAUGGAAACCCAAGCAGACCUCAUCGCACGCCACCCCGUGAUUGCUGACGACGGAAGGAAUGCCUGUGGGACACCGUCCCCUCAGGACUGAAAAGCUACGAACAAACGUUCUUCUCUUCCUUUGCAUGUGUCAGAAAAGCGUAAUGUGCUGGAUUUCCUCGUUAGCUUCGGCAGAUACAGUAAGCUGACAGUGUUAACUCGGACUGAAGACAUGAUCUCAACCUGGGUUUUGUUCGUUCACAGUCUACAUGCAGUGUGACCCAUCUUCCCGAGCUCUCCGGCUCUCCUGUCUGGCCCUUCCUCAUUAGUUACAGAACUUUGCAAACUGGCAUUGAAACAUUACAAUGAUGUUUUACUGCACCGAUUUUGUAAAACUUUCACAGUGCAAUACGUAUUACUUUUCUAAGGCAAACCAAAGGUAAAUUUCUCAAGGUUUUUGCUGCCUCCUUGUGCAGCAUUGAUGGAAGAUCUUUUAUACAUUUGUGAUAGAGAAAAAUAAACCUGGCUGCAAAUCCUUUUUUGGAAAAAAAAAAAUCUUAAACCAUGUACCAAGUGUUUGGUCAAAAUCGUAGGAUAAGUUAAAUUGUGUUAUAUUAACCAAUCUGAGUGUAUUUCUGUAAGCAUAGUUACAUUGAAAUAAAGUUUUAAAAAGCA